UCACCAUCACCACCACCACCACCAUCACCACCAUCACCAUCAGCACCACCACCACCAUCACCACUAUCACCACCAUCACCACCAUCACCACCACCUCCAUCACCACCACCAUCAUCACCAACACCAUCACCACCAUCACCACCACCACCAUCACCACCACCACCACCAUCACCAACAUCACUACCCUCACCACCAUCUCCACCAUCACCACCACCACCACCAUCACCACCAUCACCACCACCAUCACCACCAUCACCAUCACCACCACCAUCACCACCAUCACCAUCAUCAUCACCAUUACCUCCAUCACCACCAUCACCACCACCACCACCACCACCACCACCACCAUCACCACCACCACCAUCAAAACCAUCACCACCAUCACCACCGUCACCACCAACAACACCACCAUCACCACCACCUCCAUCAUCACCAUCACCAUCACUAUCAACACCACCAUCACCAUCACCACCAUCACCACCUUCACCACCAUCACCACCAUUACCACCAUCACCACCAUCAUCACCACCACCACCAUCACCAUCAUCAUCACCAUCACCACCUCCACCACCAUCACCACCACCUCCACCAUCACCACCAUCACCACCAUCACCACCAUCACCACCAUCGCCAUCAUCAUCAGCAUCACCACCACCACCACCAUCACCACCAUCACCACCAUCACCA